AUGGAGCUCCUUGGGAGCAGAGAAGGAAAAGGCGGGAUUUGGCUGGCGGAGAAGGUUCUCCUGAGCGAAGGAAAAGCCAGAAGAGGAGUGGCCCUAGGAGACUGGAAGACCAGCCAGGGCUUCCAGGCGACAGAGAGCCAGCUUCCAACCAGCCGGGCAAAGGAGGCAACGACCAGAGAGACCCUCGUCAGGCCUACGUCAUCUGGAGAGUCACUCGUCUGUUACACCGAUGGGCUCACGCAGGACGCUUUCAAAAUAUGCAAGGAAUAUCUGAGGCCCUUCAAGAAGUGCCUGCGGAAGCUGAAUCUGCCCAAGGAUUUGCCCAAGGAGAAGAGGGUCAGUUGCACCAGAAAGAACUUGACCAUCCUCGGAGACCACAUUAACAUGUUCCUUCAACACUAUUGUAAGACGUGGGAACUCAAGCGCUGGAAGAAGAUGCUGUGGAGGUUUGUUGCCCUUUUCUCAGCGCUCGAUGAGAAGCAACUGUGCAAAUUGUACCGGUACAGCAAGACCAACCAAGUAUCCAAGUUCCUGGUAAGAUUCUUUGCUAAUGAGCUAUGA